AUGGAUGGCGAAGAGGACGCCGUCACAGGGGAUGUGCUGGGCGCGCUCGUCGAUGUGAUCCCGCUUGACGUCGGCAUGGAAGGCACGCCGCUCGUGAACCCCGAGGAGCGGGUACUGGGCGACGAGGACGACGCGCCAUCCGUGGUGGGUAACGUGACCGCGCUAGAUGACACGGGACGGGAGGAGGCAGAGUACGUCGACACAGGGCGUGACGGAUCGGGCGAGCUCGAUCCCGCGCCAGACGUCGUGAUCGAGACGGGACUGACACUCGACACGGACGACCGGGCCGUGGUACGCGCGCUGGUAGACCCACUGGUUGACGCACUGGACAGACCGGUCCCUCCGCUCGUGGACUCGGAGUACGAGCUUGGCCGCGCGGUCUCCGUGGAAGACACCGUGGGCGAGGCAUCCGCCGUCGUGCUCGCAGACGUACUCGCGCUCACCGCAGACGUCUCCGUAGCGCUCGUCGUCCACGAGGUCGUCUCCAUCGCGCUACUGCUCGCCGUGGUCGCACCGGAACUCGAACUCGAACCCGACGCCGUUCCGGUCGACGCGCUCGCACUUGAGUACGAGCCCGUGCUCGUCGUCCCGCCACUCGUCGAGCUCGCCGACCGCGACGUCCAAGUCGGCACGCUCGUCGACCCUGGCAGACUCGAUGCACUGCUGCUGUUACAUGUUACGCAGCUGGACCCUGUCGCGCUAGAGCUGUCCGAGCGUGAGCUGCGAAGCGACCGGGCAGCCAUCACCGGAACAAACCGCACCCACCUCGGUGUCGGUCCUACGCUGCUCGUCACGACGCUCACACUCACGCUCUCGGUCUCGGUCAGUGAGAACGAGGCCGACAGCGGGUUGCUCACGCUGAGGCUCAGGCUCGGCGCCGAGAGGGACACGGAAGGGGGCGAGGGCGACGUCGAGGGGAGCGAGAGUGAUGUUGAGGGCACCGAGAGCGAUGUGGACGGGAGCGAGAGCGAAGUUGAGGGUACAGAGAACGUCGAGAACGAAAAUGGAGCACUGUAUGAUGAGAAUGAGAGGGGCAAUGUGGGGGCGGAAAACGAGAACGAAGACGAGGACAAGGACGCGGGAGUGGAAAGCGGAGAGGACACAGACGGCGGGGUGUACGACGAGGACGGCGGGUGCGAGGACGAGGGAGCGGGCGACGAAGAAUAUGACGAGGGUGGGGGCGUCAUCGUCGUCGCUGCAGAGGACGACGGGACAGAUGAGGGUGGGGAUGAGGCGGGCGUGGACGCGGACGUCGAUGGUACAGACACAGAGUCGCUCGCAGACGCGGACCCACUAGAUACUCCUGCACCGGUACUACUGCCCGCAUCGCUGCUGCUAGACUCUGCGCUCUGCUGCCGUAGAGCAAACUGCCUCGGUGCCAUCGGGAGCGGCCCACUGGGUGCCACCGCAGGGCGCACGCCGGACACGAUGGGCACCCCAGGGCCUUGCACGCCGUCUACUAGCCCGGACGCUUGGAUCGUGAGCGCGGAGGUGGCGAUGGGGGCAAGCGCGAGGGUCAUGAGGGACAGCACUGCAGAAAGGGAAAGGGACGGCCGGGUGCUGGAAGCAGGAGAGAGACAUGACUCGGAACAUCGUACUGGGAGCGCGUGGGCGCAGCGACUGUGCGACCUGGCGGCGGACGCGUGUAGAUACAGCGUGCGGCGGGAUCACUGGCAGGACGAAUGGAAGUGGGUGUGGAAGUGGAUCCAGAGGGGUGGUGAGCACGGGCAGGCGGGUCGGCGCGAGAAACGACUGCGGAGGGCGUUAGCGUACGGGGGCGUAGACAAGAGCAACGUGGGCAUCGGGAGCGAGCUCAGCGGACAGCAGCGGCAGGGAAGACCGGGCAGAUGGCGUCAAGGGCGUGCACGACGCUGGAGCAGGGUGGAGAGGGGAGGGCAACGCAGGCACGACGGGGGCGCGCCCGCCAUCGACGCGAAUCGAACUCGGCGCUGGAAGCCCGCGCUGGUCUCUGCGGUGUGCAGUGCUGUUGCAGACGAGUCCGCGUCCCUGCACACUGUACGCGGGUCGCUGCUGGCCAGGAACGCGUCCCCGUGCGACGUCAUGGCGCGCACGGCUAGCAGGCAUCUGAUCACGCUCUCGCCUGCCAUGACGUCGCCAUCCUCAUCCUCCGGGCGGACGGCGCCCACCCGCCCCGCCCAGGUCGCCCUCCCACCUACGCAUCAUGCUCAUCGUUCAUCCCCGUUCGCCUCGCCCCCUGUGCUGCCGUUUCACCCAGGGGCUUUGUCACUCGCCGCGUUGUGCUUAUCGCUGAAUGCAUUGGUCUCAGUGCUCCACUACCACCCAGCCUCGCGAUCGAUACUGCCUCCUCACCCCGGCACAGCCCCGGCCGCCAUAUCACCGUUCUCCCCUAUGCUGCUCCUCUCCCCGCGGUCCGAGGAACCGCGCUGUACCAAUGCGCUCUGCACGCGUCCACGAGCCUGCCUGGUCAUCGGCGUCGCCUUCCCGUCGACGCGGUGGCACCUGUCGAUCAGUCUGAAUCUUCGCACGUCCGAUGUGCCCCUUCCAUCUUCCGUCCGGCAGCCUGCGGACAGCACACAGGCUAUAGAUAGCUUGGUCUUGGCACUUCCACCUCUCUUUGCAUCUGCGCGCCUCGACUCGUCCGUUACACUCACACCGCCUGACCAACGCACUCCCACGCCGGUGUGGCAGCCCUAUAAUCCGCGCGACGACAUUCGGCCGCGAUGCGGUCACAGCGGCGUCAUUGCACGGCCUGCGCUCGAGCACGGGGCCGUCUCCUUGACAACCCACUUCCACUAUGCGCGCACCAUGGGCGUGAGCAUAGACUUGGUGUUCGAUAACUAUGCUGGGAAAAACGGUGGUCAGCACAACACCCCGUGGCUGCGCCCAAUUGUCAUCCUUAAGCUUGUCCGCCAAUACGCCAUCAUACGUCGCCAAUGA